AUGGUCCUCAAACAUAGAUUAAGGCCAAAGUCUGCGAUCAAUGUCGGCGAACAGAAGCCGGAGCCUAUUCAGCCUCCGCAACGAUUCGUGUUCUUUGUGUCCUUUAUCUCUCUAGCGUACCUUCACUUGGAGGAGUACGGGUCAAAUUGUCAAAAGAUUAGAAAGCUGGCUAUUGCUUACAAUGACUUUGAGCUCCCCGAUGUUCCUGAGUCCGAUCACGGCCUUACGCUCCACCGCUAUUCUCUAGCGCUCAAUCUCCCUGCUCUAUUCGUCUUUAACGUGGUUGUACUGACUUGCAGGUGCUCCCCCUUGACCGGCUCUCGCGUUCGUACCAGUCCACUCGCCAAGUAG